UUGGAUUCCGAUGUUUUUUUAGAAAUAUCAUCUCACAUAAGCACUUAUGUAACGAUGACGGACCAAACUAAUACACCAUGAGAAGAGGUGCAUACCUAAACCUUCUUUAUAUGUAUGUUAUACAAAAGGUGCAUUUUUAUACUCCCUCCAUUUCAUAAUGUAGUGCUUUCUCUAUCCACGUGCUUCAACUUUGACCGUAAAUUUAACUAUCAAGACCGAUUGCGGCGGGAGCGAAAAUUAUAUCAGUGAAUUCGUAUUUGAAAGAAGUUUUCAAUUAUAUAAUUUUUUCUUCCACCGCAGUUGGUCUAGUUGGCUAAAUUUAUGGUCAAAGUUGGACCUCGGAAAGCGCGUGCGCACUAUAUUAUGGAAUGGAGGGAGUAUGAUUAUUGUUGCAGAACAUGGGAGAGACAGAGAUGUAUUCUGGCGAUGUUUAAAAAGAAUCCAUCGACAAGGGUUUCGAGGCCACGUCGUUGGAAGGGGUUGAAAGUUUCUAAAGCCUUUUACAACAUAAUGAUGUGCAAGCGCUGAUAACAAAUCAAGAAAAAACAAAUACAAAUGUCAUCGCACAAGGUAUUUUUUCAGUGUUAUUAUCCGUCCUUACUUUGUCAUAUUGUUUUUUGUGUUGAACUAGUUUGGCUCAUUUUUGUAUCACGACGGUAAACUAUGUUUAUACAUCUAAAUAUAUCACUAACAUCGAGUCAACCAUGUCUGCUCCCAAGAAAACCAACUUUGUGGACAGUAGAGAUGCCUUAUUAUCAAACAAUGAGUUGAAAUGCCUUAUGAAAGAUGAUAUGAUCUUGCACAAUGGUGUAAGACCAAUCGCAUAACCUUUGUCCUUAAUAAUCGCAAGUGCGUGGGCUUCAACUAUCAUUCGAUUGUGCGUGUGUUAUAUUGUCUCUACAUGUAAAAUCUAGCAUGCAUUAUCUUUGUGUAAUAACUCUAGCAAAGUAUUUCAGAAGCCCGUGGCAACGCACGGGCAUUCUACUAUUUUUCUAAAACUUGCCAAAUAUGAAUGUUGGGAGACCUAUUUUUCUAAAACUUGCCAAAUAUGAGUGUUGGAUGACCUAUUACCUCGUUCAAUCUAGACCCUUGGAUCAGAAAUAAUGGUGGGUCCUUAAUAGUUGGGACCAUCUUAAAAUUUGCCUUAAUGUAAUUGCUAUGCUCAGUGGCCAGCAUGACAGUGGCAUCUAAUCCCAGUCGGAGAGAUAAGAUCAAUUUCCCCACCUUUCUUCCUUGCAAUCUUUGUGAACACACUCGCUGCUGAUAGGCAUCCAUGACCCAACUUUACCCGACCCAUCAUGAUCACAAGACAAGGUUCCCGUCUCUGCCCCCCUUGCGUCGGCUUGAAAACUUCUUGGCGGGUCCCGAUCCGAUAGUGGAAGAUUUCAAAAAUUUCCGCCUUCAACCGGGCAGAAAAGCAAGCGGAGAGAAGACAGGCGACGCCUGGAAUCCUCUUUCCUGCCAUUUCUAAUUGAGAAGAGAAGAAUUCUUGCGGCUGACAUGGCUUCGGGCUGCGCCAAGAGGAAGCAUGGAGGGGAGGCGAGAUGCCGGUGCAGAUGCCGCCAUGUCCACGUCCACUACCACCUGCCACGCAGGCGAGUCUCGCUCCUCCGGUGGUUGCCUCGCCCUCGCCUCUCGCUGCUCUCCUACCUCCUGGUUCCUCCUGUUCUCUCCUUCGCCCUGCUUGCCUUUGUGGUGUCGUUUCUCUGGUUCACCUUGCUCUAUUUCGUCGCCUCGCUCUUGAGCAACGAUGACGAUCUCGAAUCCGUCAAGAAUGUCGGCAUCGGCGGCCCUGCCAGCGACGUCGAAGACAGUGGGCAAGAGGGAAAUUCAGAGGCGAAAGGGGAAGCUGUGAGGCAUGCGGCGGAACACCUGACUGGUGAUACUGCUACGGCUGACAAUUCUUUCAGGAGACUCGAGAUAAAAGAAGUUCGGGCUGAUGGAUUCUCUCAAGUACCUCGGACGAACGACGACAAACUGGUCGAAGAUGUGAAUAUCUUUGAGACAAGCAGUGCCACCAUGGCUGAUUCAGAGGGAUUUUCCGGAUGGCGUCAGGUACAGGAUGUGCCGGUCGAUUGGUUUGUGGAUGAACACGACAUCAGAGUGGACAGCAGUAGCACACCAGAUGAUUUAUUUCCAUCUCUGUAUUCCACUGAUUCAGCUGAAAUUCAUGAUUUUCCUGACAUGGACGAACCGAGAGGGAUGUCACCGGACUUCCUUGCUGAAAGCAAGCAAAAUAUGGUCGUGUCAUCAAAUACUUCGUGUCAUCAUCAUGGUAUUAGCGACGAAUAUGGUGAAGAAUAUCGUGACGAUAGGAAGGAGUUAUCAGCUUGUGGUACAUAUGAAAUUAUUGAUUUCAUUGACAAGCACGAAACAAGAGACCAGGCACCUGACGGUUCUUUUGUUGAAGAUGAGGAAACCGGACAGUUUGAAUCCUCAGAUGAAGGGAGUACCCAAGAAAAAGAUGCAAAGAGUGUACUUGAACUGGUUGUUGAUAGCAUAGCGACUCUGGAAGAUUUUCGUGAAAAGCAAGAAGUACAAAACGUGCCCGAAGUUCUGAUCACGGAGGCAAAUGCAGAGCAGAGUGUUGGAGCUUCAAACGAAGGUCAGGAUUCCAGCAGUGAGAAGGAAGCAUCAAUGGUGUCACUUCAUUCUGUUUGUGAAGAUGCAGCCUCCUCAGAUGCUUCAUCCCACCAUUAUUUGGUUUAUGAAGAUGACAAACAGGAAGAGGUUACCAAACACAGCACAGCAGAAGCAGAGGCACCCGAUCCUGCAUCUGCUGUAAUUUGCAACAUCUUUGAGAACCGUCAGACACCAAGAAAUGAGGCAUUUGAUGGUUUCGAGAAUGACGACGAAGCCAGAGAGGUGGCCUCACAGGAGAGUCUGGGAGAUGAAGCUGAUAAAAUUAACGAUGACUCUGCCUCGGAGCUGGAUUUGAAGGGAGUGCAUUGUGGAGCGCCACUCCUCAGGAGGUCCCCAUCACAAUGGUGGAAUUUAUGUGGAGUCGUUGAUGUGUUUGCUGGCUCGGGGGAUUAAAUGAAAGGUGAUGCUAUUCGUGGCUUCCUCUGGUCCACUCCGUUUGUCAGGCUUCCGUGUUUUGUAACUUCAUAAAGUGUUUUCCUUGUCGAUAAAGUCAAGACAGCUAUGCUUGAAUCAAGCUGCAGCGUUUUUUCCCUGAAAGAAAUGUCUCAAACUAGGAUAACAUAGCGACAUUUAUUUUCAUUGUGAUGAAUUGUUCUUUCUUUUUGCGGGUGA